AUGACUCAAAGUUCUAAUCUCGUCUUGACAGACAAGGUCUCUGGGACCUCUUGGAACUUACCUUCUCCAGAAACAGGUGGAAAGACUUCGCCUCCAAAAUCUACUGGUGUUAUAGUAUUACCAAGAAAUUCAAACACACAAUCUCUUACAGUUUUAGAUAAUAGAACAAAUAAAAUUUAUGAAGUUCCAAUUGAGAACAAUACAAUACCUGCUCUCAAAUUCAAGGAAAUGACAGCAGAUCCAAUACCAAAUUCUCGCGAGGAGGAUGAAAGUAGUAAAGGUUUAAGAGUUUACGACCCAGCAUUUCAAAAUACAGCAGUCGCAAAAUCAAAAAUUACUUAUAUUAAUGGCGAUGCUGGCGUUUUAAGAUAUCGUGGAUAUCCAAUUGAACAACUUGCUGAGAAAUCUACAUAUCUUGAA